UCGAAAAAGUCUCCUCUGGUCCCUCCCCUGAGUGCUUUUUUUUCCAUAAAGUGCUGGGCAAAGGAGCCUUUGGAAAGGUCAUGCUGGCAGAGCUGAAAGAGAGUGGGAAGUACUUUGCUGUCAAAGCCCUGAAGAAGGAGCACAUCCUGGCAAACAACCAUGUUGAAUGCACCAAGGUGGAGAAGAGGGUGUUGGCCCUAGCUGCAGAGAACCCCUUCCUCACCCACCUCCACUCAACAUUCCAAACAAAGGAUUGCCUUUUCUUUGUUAUGGAGUAUGUGAAUGGGAGAGACCUCUACUUCCAUAUCGUGGUGAUGGGGCACUUUGAUCUACAAAGCACACAAUUCUAUGUUGCAGAGAUUAUUUGUGGGCUCCAAUUUCUUCACACAAAUGGAGUCAUAUACAGGGAUUUGAAGCUGAACAAUGUGAUGCUGGAUGGAGAUGGACAUAUUAAAAUUGUGGACUUUGGAUUGUGCAAGGACAACAUGAUUGAUGGGAAAGCAAUGAGCUUCUGUGGCACUGAGCACUAUAUUGCACCAGAGAUCUUCCAGGGAAAGGAGUACUCUUUUCCUGUGGACUGGUGGUCACUUGGGGUCCUUGUCUUUGAAAUGUUGACUGGUGAUUCCCCCUUUCAAGGGGACAAUGAAGAUGAGCUCUCCACAUCUGUCUGCACAGACACAAUUGAGUAUCCCAGCUGGCUAAACCAGGAGUCGAAGGACCUGCUUGAGAAGCUUCUGGAGAGGGACCCCACUCACAGGCUGGGUGUGGCUGGAGACAUCCGGGCUCACCCCUUCUUUGAAGUCAUUGACUGGCCUACUCUUGAAAAGAGGGAGAUGGAACCCCCCUUCAAACCAAAAAUCACGGUAAGAUCUUCUGGUCCAUAAGUUAAUAUGUGUCAUAUUUUUUUUAAACAGGGAGUCAAUAGUCCUCACCACACGAACAUUAAAGUUGAAAUGCUGUGUGGCACACCGUGCUUCAAA